CUCAUAACAAGAAGCUAGCGAGCUAGCUAAGACACGGCCAUGGCCAGAGCCUUCGCCUUCGUCCUCCUCCUCCUCUCCGCCAACGUCGCCGUCAUGACGGCGACCACGCUGACCCUCCACAACCUCUGCCCGCACCCCGUCUGGCCGUUGGUCACCCCCAACUCCGGCCUCCCCUCCAUCUCCGACAACACCGCGCGCCUCGACCCCAAAGCGCUCCUCUCCCUCUCCUUGCCGUCCACCUUCUGGGCUGGCCGCGUCGCCGCGCGCACGGGCUGCGACGUCGCGGUGUCGAGCUGCGAGACGGGAGCCGCGCCCCCCGCUACCGUGGCGCAGGUCACCGUCCACGACCGCGGCAACCUCGACAUGGCGGCCUACAGCGUGAGCCUGGUGGACGGGUUCAACGUGCCCAUGGUGAUCAGCCCGCAGGCCGUCGGCGGCGGGCAGUGCCCCGCCCUCGGGUGCGCCGUGGACCUCAACUGCGACUGCCCGCCAGCGCAGCGCGCCGUCGACGGCGCCGCGUGCCGUGGCCCGCCGGCGUACUUCAAGAACCGGUGCCCGCUCACCAGGACGACCUCGACCGACGUCGAGCCCGUGCCGCAGAGCUGCCGCGCGCCGGGGGAGCUCAAGAUCGUCUUCUGCCAGCCGUCCAUGGUCGCCGCCGCCUCCGACAUGGUCAUCCGCACCGUCGUCGCCGACAGCUAGAUUGAUCGAGGCGUCGUCUCGCUCCAUUGGCUUCACUUUGUCGAUCGAAUCGUUGUCGUGCAUCCGUGCAUGUGCAUGUAUGGGUUUAGUAAUUGUUAAUUGCUGCUUAAUAUUUAACUGUUGAGAAAUUUGGCUC